AUGACUCCUGGUGUUAAUGAUGGGCCGAAAAAUACAGGAACAUUACCUAAAAGUAACAGAAGAUAUGACAGAAAUAGAGAAAUUAUAAAUUCAAAUCAACCAUCUGCUCGUACUGUUUAUCAAAGUCGUACUCAGCAUUCAAAUAAUUUGUUGGACUUGCAACCAGUUGGAAACGACAGGGAUACUUGUACUCUUCGAAGUACAAAAAAUAGUAAUACACGGUCUAUAUCAUCAAGAGCUUCACUGUCCUAUCAGGAUAUUGCGGAUAUAGUUUCAUUGGGCGGAAACAGGCAAUAUAACAAUUAUACCGGUGAAGAUUGUAUUCAGUGGCAAGAAAUGUCUCAGUCAGUAGAUUCACGUGCUCAAUCUCCCCCGCAUACACAGCCAGCUAAACCAAUGAAUGUUGAUAAAAUGCCAGAUCGGAAUCAAGUGGAAAGUCGGUUGAAUCAAAUUCGUGAUUACAUCAGAAUGACCUCUACGAUGAUGGAAUCACUUAGUUUGUCUUCUGAUCCACGAGCGCACACUCAGCACGAUAAACUAGUUACUAUGGUUGAGGAUCUACGUGACAGCGAGAGAAAACUUAGUAAACUUUUGGAAGAAUAUCGUCCUAUCGAAGAGUUAAAUCACCAGCCUCAGUAUUCCAGUCACAUGAAACGUUUUAGUGAUCUUCUGGAUAUACUAAUCUCUCAAGAACGUAUUCUUGUUACUAACAAUAAUAACUCCAGGAAUGGAGAGGGAGCUGGUGGAGAGGAAUCACUGGAAUCACAGCUGAGAAGGAAAAUGGAGGCGUCCCAACGAAAAUUGGCUGAACUGCAAGAACAUCAAGCUAAUCUUGUUGGCAUGCAGCAACAAGUCAGAGAACGUUUACAGGAAGCACGUCAAACUCAGCAGGCAUUACUUUUGCAAGAGAAUCAAGCUUUAACUGGUUCAUCAACUCCCGCGUGGGAAGGUGGAAAUUCCGAGCGUCAGCUGGCAAAUGACUCAGAAGUAUUGGAGUCUGAGACUGCUGCACUGAGAGGUAAAUUAGCUGCUCUCCAGAAUAAGAAAAAACAAAUGGAUUUACUUGUUGCUGAAUUGCAAAACGUUGAAAUGUCUGACCGUGCCAGUUGUAGCUCUGGAGGUUCCCGAAAUGCCGAGAGAGACAAAUCUGUAGAACUAGAGACUCUUAAACAGCAAUUAGAUCAUCUGAAAAAUUUAAUGUCAGAAGCGACACGUGCCAGAGAUGCUUACAACGCGAUUAAUCAACCAGAAGUUGAUUCAAAUGCCAAUGAUGCUUGUUGCAAUGAAAAUGGGCAAGCUGAUGAUGAAGCCGCUGCAGCAUUGUCCUCUAGUAACUCUGUUGAUCGUAAUAGUGAAGCCGAUGAUAUUUCUGUUAAAUUUAAUAACUCUAAAGAGCGUUUAACUGUUGAGCAAAUCCAGGCUGUGACGCGUGAAUUAAAAGAACAACAAUUGCUUUUACAAGCAGCACGCGCUGAAAUAAAGCCGAGUGUUAAUCGUGAUGGAGCUGCUACUGACUGGAGUAGUAGACGCGGAUCUAAUUCACAGCACAGUCACACCAGUACUCCGGCUAAUAUUUGGCAUAAUUCAACUACUAUUGAUGAAGCUAAUGAUCAAAAUGGUGAUAAUAUAACAGCUCCAGAUAAUUUACUAGAUAUUGGACCACAAAUAACAGCAGUUGAUGGUUUAGGAAAUAACUGGUGGAAUGUACCGGCACCUUCAGUAAAUCCUCAACAACACGUAGGUACCGGUUCAUUGGAGUACUAUCGACAAUUACUGAUGAGUUCGCAAGCUCAGCAGUUGCAAAUGAUGAGCACAACAAUGCAACAAUGCUGUCAAUUGCUCUGGGCCCAACAGCGUGAACUUCAGGCAAUGAGAAGCUCAAUAGUUCAAAUACAGCAACACUUGCAGAUUAAUCAGAAUCAAAAUCAGUCUCAGAUACAACCGCAAUCACGCGUUUCUAAUGAAACUCGGGAUAAUUAUUCAAACUUGAGCCGUUCAACUCAUCACUUGGGUAAUGUUCUUGACGCCGCUUUACCACCCAUAACUGAUUCAUUGCCUGGUACUUCGGGUAAUUCAAGUACAGUAGCAGCUGUUCAUGCGGCACACGUAAGAAAUAAAAGAAAUCGUGAGCAUGGAGUUGAUAAUAUAUCAUUAAACUCUCUCUCGAGUACUGAAACUCCGUACUCAUUAAAUCUUCAACUCUCCUCGAAUUUACAAAUUCAAGAUCGUGAAACACCAGCUACAAGAAAUAAUAAUUCGUAUAAUGACGUUGCUACACAGCCAGUUGAUAACUUUUGGGAUGAUGGACACUUAUCUUUUCGCUCAGUACCCGACAGUAAUGAAGAAAAUUAUUCAUUGCGUCACUUAAGCGGUGAAAUGCGUGACGUUCUUUUAUCACUAGUCACAUCAAAUCGAACAAGACCAGACUAUCUUGUUAUUAUUUUACGUGAAAUAAAAGCCAUCAGUGAAGAUCACAGAUUAAGGCCAAGGCUUUUGCGUUCUUUGAGAGCUCUUCAGGAUACUCAGUCAGCAAAUAAUCCUCUGAAUGAAACAACAGAUCAAACUGCAAGUGAAAGUUGUCAGUCAAGUGAUGAAGAUUCAGAUGCUGGUGGUCAAGCACGGCCAUUACUUAAUACUUCUAAUAAUAAUGAUCAUCAGUCAUCUUUACUAAAUGAAUUUUUAAUGCCAUCUCAUGCCGUAGGACAAGUACCUCAUGCCCAAAAUAUGCCAGCUCUGCUGGUUGAUCAUUUUGAAUUUGAAGCAGCUGCUCAAAUAAAUGAAACUAAUACAUUCCCUCCACCAAUUCUCACACCUGGAUACAACGAAGACUUGGCUGAAGCUGAUCAGUCGCGUCCUGAAGCUUCAAAUAACCAACAAAAUUCACCAGAAAAUGAAAAUGUUGAAAUACAAGAGAACGGUAACGUACAACACUUGGCAAAUCUCGACAUUGCAACACUGGAAGCCGAUCGUGAAAUCGCAAACUUGAUAUAA